AUGGAAUCCAUUGUCCUCAACAACCCCAGUCAAUGGCCAACCUGGUAUAAGGUUUUCCAGGGUAAAGCCACCGACUUGGACGUCUGGGAGCAAGUGGAUCCCGGCGCCGAAAACCCCGAGAAGCGGAUGCCGAAGCCGGAGCCUCCGGCCUUCUCCGACUACAAGAAGAAAGGUAUACCGCGACAUACCCGCGGAUCAAUCAUCGAGGUGUCACAGACACCAGAUAUCGAAGAAGUUCGAUCGAACGAGACGGCUAGACGCCUCCAAGACCUUGUCAAGGAGGACAGUGAGGAGUAUGUACAGCUCCGGAGCGACUAUAACCAUGAUAUCCGUAUCUACGAGCGUGAAGCAGCUGCUCUACGAGAGCUCCGCAACUGGGUCCUAUCGACAGCAGCCGAGAAGUACGUCAAUGCGUGCUGUAAACCUACGGAGACCCUCCAAGCCUGGAUGGUCAAGCUGAAGGGCGUGGCCUCGAUCUCGAACAAUGAACAAAAGAGCGCCGCACGUGAGGAGUACGAGAAGACCGUCAAGCAAGCGGCUACAAAGCGGAUAACCACGAAGGCCGAGAUCGAGAACUGGCUCGAGCAAUGGGAGGCCGCAAUGUUGAAGGGACAAGAGGUCAACCUUGCCCAGACAAGGGACUUCAGCGAGUGGAGCGAGGACUUCCUAAAGGUCAUUGCGAAGACCGCUAUUUCUGCGUUCCACGCCAUGUUCGAGGCGAAGUUCCACGAGUCGGACAACCCCUCGAUCAGCGAGAUCUCUGCGGAAGUACGACGAUAUAUACGAAUCCACGCAGAUACCCUAUCGACAGGACCAAGAGCCUCAAGAGGUGCCUUUGCCACAACAAGAGAAGGACCCAAGGAGACCAUGCCUCGGAGUACAACCAAGAAGCGACAUAGGGCCGCCGAUUCGCGGACCCAAAACGAGAUGCCAACGUGUCACGGAUGUGAUCUGCCACGACACCUACUUGCCAACUGCUUCUACUGCUUCCCAGAGGAAGCGUAUGAAGGAUGGAGGCCCAGCAACGACAUCAUGAAGAAGGUCACCGAGCGUCUCAAGGCCGAUGACGACCUCGCGGACCGCGUGAAGAAGAUCCGUGAACAACGCGAGAAGGAAGCGAAGCAGACCUGA